AUGUACAAUGGUCGAAUAACUGUCCACUUCAAGAAUGAGGCCUUGAUGUGCAAGGUGUUCCCAUCCAAUCUAGGGCCUGUGGCAAUGAGAUGGUUUGAUGGCCUCGGAGCAAGUUCUAUAGAUUCCUUCAAGAAACUUACCCUGGCGUUUGGAUCUCACUUUAUCACAUGCAGUAGGGUUCCUCGAGCCCUAGACUCCUUGCUAUUUAUGACCAUGCGAGAAGGGGAGAUCUUGAAAACGCACUCAGACAGAUACUGGGAGAUGUUCAAUGAGAUAGAUGGUGACUUUGAUGAUGUGGCCGUAAGAACUUUCAAGGUCGACCUACCUGCCAAGCAUGGUUUAAGGAAGUCUUUGACUAGGAAACCUGCUAAUAGUGUACGUCAACUCAUGGACCGAAUUGAUAAGUAUAAGUGGGUCGAGGAAGACCAACAACAAGGGAAGGGGAAGGCUAAGGUUAUCCCUCAAGAGAUGAGGGAUUUCAGGUCGGACCAAUACAACAAUAACCGGCCCCGAAGAGACUUUGCUGGGCAAUGGGGGUCUACCAUUACUUAA